AGCAGGGGGCGGUGGACUUUUCCAGAGAUGUAAAAAGAAGCCUAAAUCUCUUAGUGUGGCAUGAUAACGCUAUCACACUCGCAAUGCGUGGAGUUAUCGUGAUCUACUUAUCAUAACUCAUGCAAGAUUUCCGGGAUAUUGGUUUUGUCUGAAGAUCCGCGUUAUUCAGAAGCCACCCCUUUGUGUAGCUCGAUGGUUGGCGCCGAUGUCGCUAUGGCAGCUCACGCGAGCGAACUGGAGGUGGCGAAGAAGAACUUAACGGACGCCAUUGGGGACAAUAUAAAGCAUUACUGGGCGAAUUUGAAGCUGUGGUUCAAGCAGAAGAUCAGUAAAGAGGAGUUUGAUGUUGAGGCCCGUCGCCUUCUGGGACACGACAAUGUUCACAUCCACAAUGACUUCCUGCUGGCCAUUCUUACACGCUGCCAGAUUAUUGUAUCCACACCAGCAGAGGGUCCCGGGUCACUGCAGUGGUCCGGAGGUUCUGCCUCAAAGCCCGCCAAGCCGAAGGGCAAGAAGAAGUUUUCAUCCGUGCGCCAGAAAUUCGACCAUCGCUUCCAGCCCCAGAACCCGCUGAGUGGAGCUCAGACGUUCAGCCCUCGCGAGGCCGGAGCGGAGGAGGAGGAGAUGAAGCUCAGCGCUCACACACUCUUACUGCCCACGCGGGGGCAGCUGGAGGCCCGCAUGAUGGUGACCGCCUUCGAGAUGGGCCUCGACAACGUCACCGAGGACGCCGUGAGCACUGUCGUGUGCGCUCUCGAGGUGCAUUUAAAAGACCUGAUCACUGCGGUGGUGUCGCGGAGAAAAGCCUACCGGCUGAGAGAGGGACACUUCCAGUACGCCUUCGGCAGUGACGUCGCACCGCAGCCGUACCUCAAGAACAGCCUGGCUGCGUACCACACUGUCACAGAGUACCCCCCUCCCAGUGCCUCGCUGCCGGCUGCUCCGCCCCCUCAGGUGUCUCCAGACGAUGCAGAACAGCAGGCCGCUUUCCUAUUGGCCUGCUCUGGCUCCAGUGCCCCCGCCCCCCUGCCUCCCAUCAGCACGUACGAUCUCCUGGAGGCUCUACAGGUGCACCGCAGGGUGAUGCCUUCUCACACCGUGUACGCUCUGAACAUGGAGCGCAUCCUCGCCCGGCUCUGGCACCCGAGUCACGAGGAGCUAGAGCAGGACAACAUCCACAGGCAGCGGCUGGCCGCCAAGGAGGGCCUGUCACUCUGCUGAGGCGCCGCCCGUGUCCUUCAGUUACACCUUCAACUUCCUGUUUCUGCCCAAGGAGGACAACUGGACUGUAUACGAGUGUCAUUGUGGACAGAUUCUCCUUUUAGAAUAACAGUUUAUUUAAAUGGUUUAUAGAAAUUCGAAUUGUGAAUUUUGAAUCUGUGUUGCACAUAACAGCAUAAUUAAACACAUCGACUCGGAUCAGGAGAUUGAUUGAUUUUUAUAGACCAUUUAAUUAAACGAAUUUGAUCUCGCUGUCUUAAGUCUUCAAUGCUCAGAAUUGUUACUCAUGGACCAGUUAUGGUUUUACAUAGCUAGUGUCCAUGCUAACAUUCUGGACAAUUUAUAAUAUCCGGCUGUAUUUUGGUCCUUGUAGUGUGUUUGGCACUUUUGUAAAUAUUUGUUUAUGAAGUGAUUUUGCUACACAUGUACCUUUUCAUUGUAAAGGUCUGCAAAUACAGGAAAUAAAGCCCAUCUCAUGGUCA